CGUGUGUAUUGCUGCUAUGAAUCCUCACGGUCUAAGUUGCGAGAGGCGCUAUUCUGAUACCUGCUACAAUUCUUCAUGUUGAUAUUAUAGGCGAGGGGGGAGGGAUCAGUGGACGGGUUUUAUUUGUGCCACGCGGGUGAAUAGUAGCCAGACCUGACAUUUGGUAGCAGCACUAUUGGUGGCACGCAAUAAUCAGUCUUACUAAUUCCCUUUCCUAAGACAAGGCAGGGCAUGGUAGAUCGAUACAUACCCUUACCAUCGAAGUGUGAUUCAUCAUCCUUCAGCCCAAAAGCUCACCACCCGUUGCCACCAACAACCGCACCCGGAGGGCACCUCAAGCAGGCACGACCUGGCCAUACCUUCCCAUCCCGUCCCGCCUACACCUGAAUACACAACAAGCCCUCAUAUACCCCUCCACGUCCAAUUCUGUCACCAGCACAGCAGGCGCCCUCUAGGUCGGGGGUCAGGUCAAACUGUGGCGUGGGUGGUGGAAUUGGUUAAUGGCCAGCAAAUAUCACACCAACCAGCCUACUCGACGACAGGCUAAGCGACUGAGUUCGAAUCCCAGUAUGAGCACCAAGAGAUGUAGCCCCCAGUUCAGCACCGGGGGGGUGAAC